AUGAUUUCUGGUUUCCACAUCAAUUCAGAUAUAAAUGUGACUCAUUUACAAUUUGCUGAUGUCACAUUGAUCUUUCUUGAUGCUAAAGAGGAGAUGGUGGAAAAUUUAGUCAUGAUUCUCCAGGUAUAUGAAUCUAUAACUGGUUUGAGGGUGAAUCUAAAGAAAAGUACAGUAAUUAGUAUUGGAGCAGAUCAGAAAGUACAUGAAAUCUCCAAGAUUCUCAACUACAAGAUAGAGUCUCUUCCAUUAAAAUAUUUGGGUAUGCCCUUUGGAGCUACAAUGAAGCAAACAAGCAUAUGGGAGUAUGUGCUUGAAAAAUUUCAGAAAAAGCUUGCAAUCUGGAAAAUAAAAUUCCUAUCAAGAGCUAGGAGAAUUGUCCUCAUCAACAGUGCCCCGCCAAAAAGAAAAUAUGCUGGAUUGCUUGGGGAUAGAUGUUGCUUACCUAAGGACUCGGGAGGUUUAGGUAUAAGGAAUAUCAAGGCUACAAAUGUAGCUCUUCUGGCCAAGUGGAGCUGGAGAUACACUCAAGAAAAGCACAGUCUAUGGAGGAAGAUAAUACAAUUGAGAAUCAGGUCAGACAAGAAUGACAUCUGGCCUAAAGAGUACAAUUCAACGUAUGGGAGGGGAUUUUGGAAAGGAAUACAGAAUGAAAAAGGAUUAGUUCAAUUGAACUCUAAAUUCUCUAUAGGAUGUAGAAUUGGGGUCAAAUUUUGGCUAGAUGCUUGGAAAGGAGCCAUUCCAUUCAAAGAAACUCACAAAAGAGCAUUUAAAGCCACAAGACAGAAGCAUGCAAAAAUAGCAGAUUUGAUUCAGCAAGGUACUUGGACAAUUCAGCUCAGAGAGAAUCCUUCUCCAGGAGUGUUAAUUGAACUAAAUGACAUUUUCAGCUUAAUUGGUGCUCCGCCAACCCUUACUGUCCUUGAGGAUAGCUUCAGCUACAAUACAAAUGGAGGUUACUCUGCGAAGGAGGGAUAUAAAUGGCAAAGGUCAAAUAUCCAAACUGCCAGCUCUUUUUUCGUUCAAAUACAUCUGGAGAAAACAAAUUCCUCCAAAGGCACAUCACUUUGCAUGAUUUGCAAUACAUAA